ACCUCAUUAGACAAGGAAGCUCAGGAACUCGUGGAUCUUCUUGACCUACCGAAACCACCAGGAACUUUAGUUUCAUUACCAUUGACCACUGGCCUCGAUUCCGCACUAAAUACGGCACUUUCGACACCUGUUACUGAAUCUGCGAAACAACAAUUCGAACAAGCGGAACUGACAUCUUUGGAGGUGUGUGUCGGUGCUCUAGGUCAGCAUAUAGCCGAUUUAGAAGUCGUGUGUCCCAUUCCGACCACCAUCAUCGCUCUCCUUGAUGUCAAAGCAGGUCGCGGUGGAUUUUGGUCAAGCGAGUCACGAACGGACUGGUUGGUUAGUCGUCAACGAUACUGGGGUACCCCGAUCCCCAUUGUUCAUUGCGAAUCGUGUGGUGCUGUUCCUGUUCCAGAAAAUCAACUCCCAGUCACUCUUCCGCCACUGACAGAAGCGUUCAAACGUGGAGCUGUUCCGUUGCGGGACAACUUGGAAUGGCGCAAAACAACCUGUCCAGGAUGCGGCGGUCCGGCCGAUCGAGAGACGGACACAUUGGACACAUUUGUUGAUUCCGCUUGGUAUUACAUACGCUAUCUGGAUCCGAAGAAUACGCAGUCCAUUUGUCACCCGAAUCGUGUACAGAAUGCACUUCCUGUAGACGUGUAUGUGGGUGGAAUAGAGCAUGGUACGUUUGUGUCGUGCUAUUCUCCUGCUGAUACUUGA